AUGCAGUUCGACGCGGCCACUCGGGAGGGCAUCGUAUCUACAGACACCGCCAGGGUGUGGUACCUCACCCUUCCGAACAAACCGGAGGUGCCCCUUGUUUCGGGCCAUCCAGGCCCCAUCACAGCCCUGUGCUCAGCCUCCAACGACAGCCAAGCGCUGGCAUCUGUCGCGGCUGACGGGGCUCUCAGACUGUGGCAUCUACAUAAGGCAACACUCACGGUGGAAUUCCACCCCGUUGAGCGGUGCACGUGUUGCGAUAUCUCCCCCUCCGGAGAAUGCAUUGCUGCGGGCUGUGAAGAUGGAACUCUUCGAAUCUUUGAUGUGCUGCAGCCCGGCGCCAAGUGGUCUGCUGUGCGCCAUGGCUGCUCAAUCAUAGGCGUCAUAUUUUCAGCCGACGGCCAAAAGCUCGCUUCACUCAGCAGCAAUGGCAACGUGGCAAUAUCCGAAACAGAAACUUCUCGAAUCGUUCGGAGCGACGAGGCGGGUAGCUCCAACCUAGUGUCCAUGUCGGCCACGUCUGACGGCAGGACUUGUGCGGCGGCUUGGGCCAGUGGCCUCGUUGUCUUCAGCAUGCCCUGGGACGACCCGGGCGGCAACCCGAGGGCCACCUAUGUGUGCGGGCAGGGGGGCGACUGUCAAGACGCGUCGGCGUGUGUGGCAUUCUCGCCAGCCUACCCCCACGCUGUCCUUUUCAGCACUGCACUGAUCCCGGGGAGAGUGGUGUGCUUCGACUAUCGCCAAAACAAGGUCGUCAGGCACGUAGACCUUCCAGGCGGCGUCGUGGCCUCUCUCGGCGCCUCUCCCAACGGCGUCUGGUUUGCUGCGGGGUCGCAGUCGGGCGCCGUCUUUUUGGUGGACUGCGCGAGCCAGCAGUGGAAGGAAUUGGGAGGGCACCGGCAGCGGGUGGCUGCUGUCCAGUUCUGCGCUUGCAACACCAAAUUGGUGACGGCAGGGGGGGCCGUCAUGAUGGUGAGGAGGCUUGGAGAGGGGUGGUGA